AUGUACAAGGUGUCGUCGAGUUGGCGACGUCUCGGAUAUCGACAUGAGAGAAUGUGCACAACCUUUUCCAAACGUGCUCACCAGCACAGGCUGCACAGCACAGCCCAAAUACCUCACGGCCGCUUUCGCGCACACCGAGUAUAUAGUGCCGAUUUUGCCACUCGACGUCGCAAGGCUCAGAUUCUUGGGUGUGUUGCGCCCGUUCUGUGA